AUGCCCCAAAUCAUUCACAAAUCUGCCUGGGGCGAUAUCCCUCUAUCCACCUUUUUCUACGGAAACGUGACGGACUAUCUCCGGAGUAAAAAGUCGUUUGGAUCCGACAAAAUCGGCUACAUUGACGCAGAGACGGGCGAGGGAAUCACCUACAAACAGCUGUGGAAAUUGGCCAAUGGAAUCUCGGCCGUAUUGUACCAUCACUAUGGUAUCGGACACGCCAGAGCUCCUGUAGCUUCGGAUCAUACUCUCGGAGACGUGGUGAUGCUGCAUGCUCCAAACUCGCGGUUCUUCCCCUCCUUGCACUAUGGAAUGCUCGAUAUGGGAUGCACUAUCACCUCUGCAAGCGUGUCUUAUGAUGUAGCUGAUCUGGCUCAUCAAUUGCGAGUCACGGACGCUAGUCUUGUCCUGUGCUACCAGGAAAAAGAAAACAACGUGCGACAAGCAAUCAAAGAAGCCCAAAAAGAUGCUGCCUUCCCGGGAAUCACCCAUCCAGUGAGAAUUCUGCUCAUUGAGAAUCUACUCACAAUGGCCUGCAAUAUUUCGGAAGAAAAGAUCAACUCGGCCAUGGCCAGAAAGUUCGAAUACUCGCCCCAAGAAUGCACCAAGCGAAUUGCCUACUUGUCAAUGUCGUCAGGAACCACCGGUGGUAUCCCCAAGGCUGUAAGACUCACCCAUUUCAACAUGUCGAGCUGUGAUACUCUAGGAACCCUGUCUACUCCUUCCUUUUCUACGGGAGAUGAUAUUCGAGUAGCAGCUAUCGUUCCAAUGACCCAUCAGUAUGGUCUGACGAAGUUCAUUUUCAACAUGUGUUCAUCUCAUGCUACUACUGUUGUUCAUCGCCAAUUCGAUCUGGUCAAACUACUCGAGUCCCAGAAGAAGUACAAACUCAACAGACUCAUGCUGGUGCCUCCUGUGAUUGUCAAGAUGGCCAAAGAUCCGGCCGUGGAGCCUUACAUUCCCUCCUUGUAUGAACAUGUCGACUUCAUAACUACAGGAGCCGCCCCUCUUCCUGGAUCUGCCGUCACAAACCUGCUGACUCGAAUCACAGGCAACCCUCAAGGCAUUCGGCACUCUCAGUCUGGCAGACCUCCACUGACCAUCUCUCAGGGUUAUGGUCUCACAGAGACUUCCCCUCUAUGUGCUGUGUUCGAUCCCCUUGAUCCUGACGUUGAUUUCCGAUCUGCUGGAAAAGCUACCUCUCAUGUCGAGAUCCGAAUAGUAUCUGAAGACGGAGUUGACCAGCCUCAGCUCAAACUCGACGACUUGUCCCACCUGGACGGCAUGUUGAAACGAGAUGAGCCUCUGCCUGUGGGAGAGGUGCUUAUUAGGGGCCCCAUGAUUAUGGACGGAUAUCACAAGAAUCGUCAGUCUUCAGAGGAGUCUUUUGACCGGUCGCAGGAGGACCCCAAAACACUCAUUCAUUGGCAAGACAAGUGGCUCAAGACUGGAGAUAUCGGUAUGGUCGACCAAAAGGGCAGACUCAUGAUAGUGGACCGGAACAAGGAGAUGAUCAAAUCCAUGUCCAAACAGGUGGCUCCGGCUGAACUGGAAUCUUUAUUGCUGAACCACGACCAGGUCAUUGAUUGUGCCGUCAUUGGAGUCAACUCAGAAGCUAAGGCUACAGAGAGUGCCCGUGCCUUCUUGGUACUGAAGGACCCAUCUUAUGAUGCUGUAAAGAUCAAGGCUUGGUUGGACGGUCAAGUGCCCUCGUAUAAACGACUCUACGGAGGAGUGGUUGUGCUAAAGAACGAACAGAUCCCAAAGAAUCCCUCUGGAAAGAUCCUGAGACGAAUUCUGAGAACCAGAAAGGACGAUUUCAUUCAGGGCAUUGAUGUGAGUAAGUUGUAA